GAAACUACGCCACAAGAUGGCAGACAUGUGACGUAAAGUAUGUUUGGCUGCCGUAAAACCUUAGUCGAAGUGGGAAUUAAAGGCAACUAAAAAAAAAGGGUAAGCUACAAUAUAAUUUCAAAAUGUUGAAAGAGUUGGUGAAGGAGCGACUAAUGGCGGCCGCUAAUGAAAUAUUCAGGCUGUUCGAAAGAACGAUAGCGUCGUACGAGGAGGAACUUGAACGAACGAUAGCAUCUUACGAGGAGGAACUUGACAAAACCAUAGCGUCCUACGAGGAGGAACUUUCUCGCGCAGGAGAGGAAAACAAACGGAAACUCCAACAACUAGAAGCUGUUUACAAGACGCAACACGCUGCAGAACCGUGCUGCCCCAGUGAAGAGGAACCUCUCCCUCAGCCGCAAGGGGGCAGCCCUACUUUGGAGCAAAAAGAUCCACAGCCCCGCCACAUCAAAGAAGAACAGGAGGAAGUUUGGCCCACUCUGGAAGGACAGUGUCUUCCUACUGGUGUCUCCGUAAAGACUGAAAAUGAAACAAAAGGAGAGAGCUUCUUAGCUCCACUAUUGGACAGUGACGACACAACAUCACACUUUCCUGAGGCUGAAGACCAGGACAACGACCAAGAACCUUUGAGCAGCAAUAUAUACUUUGAAGGUGAAAUGAGGACCCACACAGACAUAAAACACUCCGAAUUCUCUGAAAAAAAGACAACGAGGAAAUGUUUAAUCUGCUCAAUUUGUGCUAAAAGCUUUCCUUACGAGAGCCAUUUGACUCUACAUAUGCGGACACACACUCGAGAACAACCUUACAGUUGCUCAGUUUGCGGUAAAGGAUUCUCUCAAAAGGGAAAUAUGGUACUACACAUGACAACACAUACAGAAGACAAACCUUUUAGUUGCUUAGUUUGUGAAGAAAAAUUCUCUAGAAAGUCAUAUAUGGUAUUACACAUGAGAACUCACACUGGAGAAAAACCUUUUUGUUCAGUUUGUGGUCAAAGAAUAUCAAGAAAGUCAAAUAUUCUGUCGCACAUGAGAACGCACACAGGUGAAAAACCAUUUGGUUGUUCUUACUGCGAUAGAAGAUUCUCUCAUAAGAUAUCAGUGGUAAAACACAUGAAAACACACAUUAGAAAAAAAGUUUGAUGUCUAAGUUUUUGGUGAAAGUUAUUGUUUAACAGCAAACAUCUCACGACAGAGAAUAAACAUUUUCCUAGCUUGUGCUAAUAUUACAAAACUGUAAUGUCACAAUACCGUAAAUUCCGGACUGUAAGCCGAUACUUUUUUCCUACACUUUUAACUAUUGGCUGAUAAAUCAAUGAGGCUAAUUCAUGGAUUUAUCCUUGCUGAAGGCCAUGUUAAUAGUAAAAAAAAAACAACAACAACCAAACACCCUGAAAAAGUGUGUUAUUGUUUGUGCCAUGGUGCUAUCUUUUGGGUGAGUUCGCUUACUGCUGGUGCUGCAGUGUCCUUCAAUUUAGUGGUUUCAUCCGGAAGUAUAUUGCCAUUCUUUCUUCAAGUCCAUGAAAGCUCCAUCUCAGGUAAACUGCAAAUUAUUUGCCACAAGAUUUACAAAAAAAGGUUUGAGAAAUGCUCCUAUAUUUUUAAAAGCUAUGCACUUACUUUAAGCCAUUUUUACUUCAUAAUGUUAAUUUUUAGCAUGGAUUAUUGUAUUUUGACUAUUCUACUUCAAACAUGUUAAAACUGAGAAAAUAACUAUUGAAAUAAGAUAUUUUGGUUGUCCCCGCAUAUAAAAUCUUGUUUAGAAAUUCUGCAACAUCUUGAGGAUGCUUAUUAAUUUAAGAAUUGCAAGUUGAAUAAUGCUUGUUAUCAGAAUAAAACACUUAUUUCUAUCCUAAAAGUCUAGAAAUCUUAAUUUAGGCUGUCUCAUCAAAUACAAUUAACUAGCUGCAUGGUCGGAUAAUUUCACUAGUUUUAAGUAUUGUUUUUCUAAAAUCUGGUCUUUUUAACUUAAUUUUUGUGUCAGCUUUUUUUAAGCUAAGGUUAACUGUUAAUGUCAAUGUUAGAGCCAUUAAACUGAUUUAGUUACAAUUCAGGAAUAACAUGUCCUACUGAGCACAAUUACAUACAGUGGCUGAUUGCCAAAUGUCCCCUCUGUUCUUUCCUUCUGCACUUUGCGUUCCACUCCAAAGAGGAAGGAGUCUUCUUCCACAGCCACCAUGAUUGCAAGCUACUGAAUCUCGCAAGGCUCCGGGCAAAACUUAAAAUUAUACAGGUGUUUGUCAGGGAAAUUAUUUUUGCCUUUGACAGCACAAACCGCCGGAACUGGUUACAGCCUCUCCACAAACCAGGCAUUGUCCAGACGCCUCUGGCAGUCACCAGCGUCCCUGGGAGUGGGAAAACCACAGGAGCUUUGGAUCUCUCUGUCUUCCCUACAGAAUGCCAAGACUUCAGACUCACCAUUUCCAUAAAAAAAACUAAGGUCCUGGCCCCUGACGACCCUGACUAACCCGAACAUCAAAGUCCAGGACCAGUCUUGAACAUAUCUCGGCUCGACUGUCAACAGAAACGUGUCCCUAGACACCAAACUAAGUGCUCGCGUUGGCAAGGCUUUUGAAGAUAUAUCCAAAACUCCACCUGCACACCAAGCUGAGGAUUUAUUCAGCAUGUGGACUCAGCACUCGCCUCUGCAUCAGAAAAAUAUGUCAGAUACACUCAUUACUCAUCAUUACACACAUUCUGGAAACACAUCUAGCAGGUUUAGAAACAUGUCGUGAUACAUCACGCAUUCUGAACACAAAACUAGCAGGUUUAGAAACAUGUCGUCAUACAUUAGAGAGUAAAGCAGAUAGAACUAGGUGUUUCAAUCCCUUCGGUAAGUAGGAACAGUCUUGACGGUAGCAGUCGGUGUGGAGUGGUGAAAAGGAGGGUAUGUAUGUCAUUGGGGUCUUCAGGUGGGCACCCUGCUUCAUCGACGUUUCGUUGAUUUGAAGCCCACGACGUCUCCAGAGGGCUCAAUGGUGUGCCUAGCGUCCCAGGUACACCCCCCUCCAUGCCAUACCCUCCACAUCCUGUUGGACUAUGCAUGGCAGGGUCGUCCUUUUCCCUGAGUCAGGCCUAAGCCUGACCGCAUACCAUUGUCUCUUAUCUUACUGCCCAGUUGGGGUCCUUGCGCUUAAUCCAGAGCCAGUUGCUGGCUUUUUCGGCAGCAUUUGACAUGGACUUGAUAGUCUGUUGGAGGGAACGUCCUUUCAACCCCAUUUUCCUCAACAGACUGAUGGUAGAUGUGGUAAUAAAUCCCCUGCAUCCCACCUCUACUGGGAAAAUGUUGGUCUUCCAGCCGUUCUGGGAUGCUUCAGCUGCCAGGUCAGAAUAUUUGUUUCUCUUCCUCUCAUAAGCCUCUUCAACCCCUUCUUCCCAUGGUACUGUCAGCUCCACGACAUAAGCCAGCUUUGCUGAUGGAGACCACAGGACCAUGUCUGGCCGGAGUGUUGUAGCCAUUAUUUCUGGGGGAAACACAAGCUUUUUAUCAAGGUCUACUUCCAAUUUCCAAUCCCGAGCCGACUGCAGGAUGCUUGCAUUAUUUGGUGUCGUUUGACACUUUUGAUGUUGGCCAGCUGGUACAAAAUGUGUGAAAUGGACCUUUCCUGCUGGUGUUUGUGGGAGAUUGUUUGUGGUGGUUCGCCUGUGUUCCAGUGUUUUUGCAAGCUCUCUAAGUACUUGGUUAUGCCGCCAAGUAUAGCGUCCUUGGGUGAGACUUAUAGUACACCCUGAUAGGAUAUGUCUUAGAGAUGCAGGUACUUGACACAGGGAACAGGCGGGAUCUUCUCCGUACCAGGUUUUCAGAUUUAGGGGGGACGGUAGCAGGUCGUACGUGGCUCUGAUGAUAAAACUCAGCCGUGCUCCCUCCAUCUGCCAGAUGUCAUACCAGUUGAGCUUUUUCUUCCCCAGGCUUUCCCAGUUGGUCCAUCUCCCCUGCUUGGCCAUUGAGACGGCUUUAGCAUGUCGCUCUCCCUCCUCCUGUCUCCUGACUUCCUCUACUACUAGCCGUCUCUUCUGCUCUGAUGUUGCUUUGUGCCAUCGGGGAGUUUUUGGGACAAGUCCAAGUCCUGCUCUCCCAUGCUGUAUAUGCCCAACCACAUCUCUGAAUUGAAGAGCAGACUUUGCACUCUGAACAGCUUCUGAUGGAAUCCACUUCCUUCCCGCUGUUACUCUGGGGGCCGCUGUUCGAAUGACUGUAUCCUCAGUUUCGGUUAGCGUCAUGACCAGCCUUGCUUUGGUGCAUUUGAAUUCUUCCACCAGUCCAGAGAUUGGUAAUUCCAAUUUGCCAUGCCCAUAUAGUCCGAUGGAACUGAAGCAUCUUGGAAUUCCAAGCCACUGUUUUAGCUGCGUGCUUAUCACACGUUCCAAUUUUUCAACCUUGGUGAUGGGGAUUUCGUACACAGUUAAAGGCCACAAAAGUCUUGGGAGUAUGCCAAAUUGAAAACACCACAACUUGAGUUUUCCUGGCAACAAGGUUUUAUUGAUGCGAUCCAUGUAAGUGAUUGUAUCCUUUUUUAGUUGCUCAAACUGCUCUGUGUCUUUGAGCCUUGCGUCGUACCACCUUCCCAAGCUCUUUACUGGCAUUUCGGAAACAGUUGGUACUGGUGUUCCGCUGACAUGAAAUCUCUGGUGUGUGACUUGGCCUUUCUCAAUGGAGAUACUUCUGCACUUGCUGGGCUUUAACUUCAUCGUGCCCAUGUUAUAUUUGAAUGAAGUUUCUCCAGCAGUCUCUUGGUGCAGGGUACAGUUGUUGUGAGUGUUGUUAUAUCGUCCAUAUAGGCUCGAAUUGGUGGUAAUCUCUGACCACAUUGUAGUCGUUCUCCACCAACCACCCAUUUCGAGGCUCUAAUAAUGAUCUCCAUUGCCAUCGUAAAGGCCAAUGGGGAGAUGGUGCACCCAGCCAUGAUGCCUACUUCCAGAGAUUGCCACGCAGUGGUGAAUCCUGAUGUUGUAAGGCAAAAUUGCAAAUCCUGGAAAUAGCGUUUUACAAGAUUUGUGAUUGUAGUUGGUACUUGGAAGAAUUCAAAGGCAGUCCACAGCAAUGAAUGAGGGACUGAUCCAUAAGCGUUGGCCAGAUCAAGGAACAAGACAUGAAGAUCUUUUCCUUCUUUUUUCGCAGUCUGGAUUUGAUGCCAUAUGAUGCUGUUAUGUUCGAGGCAUCCAGAGAAGCCUGCUAUACCAGCCUUUUGGAUCGAUGUAUCAAUGAAGUGGUUUUGCUUCAGAUACUUUGUUAGUCGCUGUGCCAAUAUGCUGAAGAAAAUCUUGCCUUCGAUGCUCAGAAGGUUUAUUUGGCGAAACUGUUCAAUGGUGGUCGAGUUCUUUUCUUUUGGGAUAAGCACUCCUCCCGCUCUUCGCCAGGCUUUCGGGAUGAUCUGCUUGUCCCACACCACUCUCAUGUUUUUCCACAGGAAUUUCAGAACCUCUGGAGCGUUCUUGUAGACACUAUACGAAACACCAUUAGGGCCUGGUGCAGAUGCCGAUCUUGCCUUUUUUACUGCCUGUUUCACCUCGCUCAGCUUGGGAGGGCUGACAUCAACCUGAUAUUGUGCGGGUGAUAUAGGAGGGAUGUCAGUGGGGACAAUGAUCGGUUCAUGUUUUUUCUCAUCAGUAUAGAUGGUUCUCAGAUAUUCUUCAACCUGGUCUUUUGAUGUUUUCAGAAAUCCACUCUUUUCUUUUGUGAAAAUCUCUUUCACAAAUGUAAAGGGGUCUUUGUAGAAGUUGGUUCUGGCUUUUUCUUUCUUCUUCCGACGCAUCCUUAGGCUUUCCGCUCGACGGAGUUUUGAGAGCCUCUGUUUUAGUUCUUCUUGAAGGAGGUCGAUGCCUUCCCUUUCUUCUGCUGUCGCCUUUCUCCACAACUUCCUUAGCUUUCGCCUUUCUUUUACAAGUAGAUGGAUUUCUUGAAGCCGACGAGAUUUGGGGGCGGGAAGCAUGUCUUUCUUUCUGACUUGUUCCUUCACUCCACAUUUCUUCUCUCCGUAGCUGUAGAUUAGGUCACCCAUCUUCUCCAGCUUCGUUUCGGCUGAUCCUUUGAUGUUACGUAGGAUAAGGCUUAAGUCUAUGUUGAUGGUUUCCCACUCCUUGCUGUUAGACUUCGGCCAUUUCACCAACGGCUUACGUCCUUGCAUGUUUUCCUUUUUGCGGUGUACUGGGUAUGGUCUUGGACUGGUAGUUCUGCCUGAAGCUUCCUCCUCAUCCUGCGGGGUGCUGAUGCUCUGCGGACUGUGGGUUUCUUCCUGCCGCUGAGUUUCAUCCGACUGAUUUAACCUUCUUCUUAACAGAAGCCGGUCAAUGCGGGGCCCUGGGUUAGUGGUUUUCAGGCAUUUCUUCCGUCCUUGGUGAACUUUAAGACCAUGGGUUGAUGUUACUUUAGCCCAUCCACACACACACGUCUGAAGAACAUGUCCAACUGCUGGGUUCUCAAGAGUAUUACUACUACCUUCAUUCAUUGUCGUGUCCAUUCCAAGGGUCGUUACCGGGAGAUCAGCCUGUGAGUCUUCUUGCGCCCCUGCUCUCGCAGACUCUAGGGGUAUUCUUCUUCUUGAACUUUCUGUAGCCAAUUUAGGUGGCUCUUGUGCCCUAAUAGGGUGACGGAGCCUGCUGCUGUGGGUAGCUAGCCCAUAACAGCCCCGUUGGGGUCUAUUUCCUCCUGUCAGCUGUCUCUCCAAGCUGUCACAUGGUCUUUCCCUUGUCGUCAGCUGCACUUUCACAACAGUCACUGGGUUUUUCUUCCAGAAGAUCAGUAAAGCAGAUAGAACUAGGUGUUUCAAUCCCUUCGGUAAAUAGGAACAGUCUUGACGGUAGCAGUCGGUGUGGAGUGGUGAAAAGGAGGGUAUGUAUGUCAUUGGGGUCUUCAGGUGGGCACCCUGCUUCAUUGACGUUUCGUUGAUUUGAAGCCCACGACGUCUCCAGAGGGCUCAAUGGUGUGCCUAGCGUCCCAGGUACACCCCCCUCCAUGCCAUACCCUCCACAUCCUGUUGGACUAUGCAUGGCAGGGUCGUCCUUUUCCCUGAGUCAGGCCUAAGCCUGACCGCAUACCAUUGUCUCUUAUCUUACUGCCCAGUUGGGGUCCUUGCGCUUAAUCCAGAGCCAGUUGCUGGCUUUUUCGGCAGCAUUUGACAUGGACUUGAUAGUCUGUUGGAGGGAACGUCCUUUCAACCCCAUUUUCCUCAACAGACUGAUGGUAGAUGUGGCAAUAAAUCCCCUGCAUCCCACCUCUACUGGGAAAAUGUCGGUCUUCCAGCCGUUCUGGGAUGCUUCAGCUGCCAGGUCAGAAUAUUUGUUUCUCUUCCUCUCAUAAGCCUCUUCAACCCCUUCUUCCCAUGGUACUGUCAGCUCCACGACAUAAGCCAGCUUUGCUGAUGGAGACCACAGGACCAUGUCUGGCCGGAGUGUUGUAGCCAUUAUUUCUGGGGGAAACACAAGCUUUUUAUCAAGGUCUACUUCCAAUUUCCAAUCCCGAGCCGACUGCAGGAUGCUUGCAUUAUUUGGUGUCGUUUGACACUUUUGAUGUUGGCCAGCUGGUACAAAAUGUGUGAAAUGGACCUUUCCUGCUGGUGUUUGUGGGAGAUUGUUUGUGGUGGUUCGCCUGUGUUCCAGUGUUUUUGCAAGCUCUCUAAGUACUUGGUUAUGCUGCCAAGUACAGCAUCCUUGGGUGAGACUUAUAGAACCAACUGGAUCGCACAUAAGCAAGGACUUGGCGACUUAGACUUGGAAAAAAUCCCUUUAAGUAAGACUGCAUUAUAAGCUGUAGAGGUGGAAGCUCAUGCUUCGAUUACGAUUCAGGAGCUACGAUUUGAUUAAAAAAUGAUUGAUGCAUUGUGUAUAUUGAUGCAGUUUUAUAUUUUUUUCCUUUUCACUAAAUAACCUUUUUUAUCUAUUGCAACUUAAAAGAAACAAUUUAUUUGGAUUAAGAAACCCAUCCAUCCAUCCAUCAGUGAUGUGCGGUGAACUAUACACCAGAUGAGGCAUAGAUACUUUUGGAUUUAUUUUCUUUUUUUUUUUUUUUAACUUAAAUUCAUAUGAGCAGUUCUAACCAUUGUUAAUUUAGGUUUUACAUUAGAAUAACCGGAAAACGAAGGGAAUAAAGUUGCUUUCAUAAAAACGUUAUCAUAAUGAUAUUAGGGUUUGACAAAUUGGUCCAAAAAGCAUAUGACAAAGUUGUUAUUAAAUACUUUUAGGUCCUAUUUUCUUUUAACAAAAUAAAUCAAGUACUGUGAGUGUAUCUUACCUUUCUGUAUUUGUAUCUGAAGCAGCAAUAACGCCCAGAAACGCUGGCUUACUCUUAUAAAAAUGCCAUGUUUGUUAUAAAUGCAGUUUAAAAAAAGAAAAAAGGCUGGCUUCCGCUGGAGAGACAUGUGUCUGCUAGCUUUAGCGCUCCCAUUCCUCCCAGUGUGGCAAGUCAGAUUACUGUCGAGGCAUUGAACAAUAUAUCGCCCCUUACUUUGAGGCAGAGGUACUUGCUGCCUCAAGGCCUGCCUUUUACGUAUUAUAUAACUCUGUCUUUUGAACAUCUCAUAGUUAAGCCUUUUACCCCUCCUGGUGGCAAGGUGAGGCACUGCCUCACUUGCCUCCCCUGACAGCACGCCACUGCCAUCCAUCUUCUACCGCUUGUCCCUUUUGGCGUCACAGGGGGUGGUUAAAUUAAUUCCCACAUUUAUUAAAUUAAUGAAAAUGUAAGAAAAACUGGACCAUAAGUGACCUAUAGUAAAGGAGCUGGUUGGAUCUCUCGGUGAAAGGGUUUUCUGUGGUCAGCAGCAAAUUUUAGAACUAUCGACAUUCAUUUAUUUACAAAAAGUAAAUCGAUUACUGAUGUUUACUAAUCGAUUCUGUAAUUGUCCAUGUCCGAAUUGCGAUGCAUCUAAACAUUGAUUAUUUCCCUCACCUCGACUACACAUGGUCUGUGGUAAUGUUUUAGAGUCUCAAAUAGUCCUGAGCCUCUGGAGUGAACUGACAAGUUCACAAAAGAUCAGGCUCCAGGAACGAGUUGCAAAUAAUUAACUUACAAUUUCAUGGCUGCAACACGUGCCAAAGUAGUUGGGAAAGGGCAUGUUCACCACUGUGUUACAUCACCUUUUCUUUUAACAACACUCAAUAAACGUUUGGGAACCGAGGAAACUAAUAGUUGAAGCUUUGAAAGUGGAAUUCUUUCCCAUUCUUGUUUUAUGUGAGCUUCAGUGGUUCAACAGUCUCCGCUGUCCUAUUUUACGCUUCAUAAUGUGCCACACAUUUUCGGUGGGAGACAGAUCUGGACUGCAGGCGGGCAAGGAAAGUACCCGCACUCUUUUUUUACGAAGCCACGCUGUUGUAACACGUGCUGAAUGUGGCUUGGCAUUGUCUUGAUGAAAUAAGCAGGGGUGUCCAUGAAAAAGACGCUUAGAUGGCAGCAUAUGUUGUUCCAAAACCUGUGUGUACCUUCCAGCAUUAAUGGUGCCUUCACAGAUGUGUAAGUUACCCAUGCUUUGGGCACUAAUGAACAAUAUAUCGCCCCUUACUUUGAGGCAGAGGUACUUGCUGCCUCAAGGCCUGCCUUUUACCUGUGGCAUCAAGCAGGCGCCCCCUCAUGCACAAGCUCAACACACUGUGUGUAGCCCACCGAAAAUGUGUGGCACAUCACAGAUGCUGGCUUUUGAACUUUGCGUCGAUAACAGUCUGGAUGGUUUGAUUCCCCUUUGGUCCGGAUGACACGAUGUCGAAUAUUUCCAAAAACAAUUUGAAAUGUGGACUCGUCAGACCACAGAACACUUUUACACUUUGCAUCAGUUCAUCUUAGAUGAUCUCGGGCCCAGAGAAGCCGACCGCGCUUCUAGAUGUUGUUGAUAAAUGGCUUUUGCUUUGCACAGAAUAGCUUUAACUUGCACUUACAGAUGUAGCGACAAACUGUAUUUAGUGACAGUGGUUUUCUGAAUAGUUCCUGAGCCCAUGUGGUGAUAUCCUUUAGAGAUUGAUGUCAGUUUUUGAUGCAGUGCCAUCUGAGGGAUCGAAGGUCACGGUCAUUCAAUGUUGAAGUGAUUUCUCCAGAUUCUCUGAAACUUUUGAUGAGAUUAUGGACCAUAGAUGUUGAAAUCCCUAAAUUUCUUGCAAUUGCACUUCGAAAAACGUUGUUCUUAAACUGUUUGACUAUUUGCUCACGCAGUUGUGAAAGACUGAGCAUUUUUUUGGAAGCUGUUUUUAUACCCAAUCAUGGCACCCACCUUUUCCCAAUUAGCCUGCACACAUCGGGGAUGUUCCACAAAAGUGUUUGAUGAGCAUUCCUCAACUUUAUCAGUAUUUAUUGCCACCUUUCCCAACUUCUUUGUCACGUGUUGCUGGCAUCAAAUUCUAAAGUUAAUGAUUAUUUGCAAAAAAAAUUUUUUUAUCAGUUUGAACAUCAAAUAUGUUGUCUUUGUAGCAUAUUCAACUGAAUAUGGGUUGAAAAUGAUUUUCAAAUCAUCGUAUUCCGUUUAUAUUUACAUCUAACACAAUUUCCCAACUCAUAUGGAAAUGGUGUUUGUAUUGUAUAAAAUUGUGAUUUUUUUCAAUUGAACAGGUCUCAUACUGAGAUAGGCUCCAGCACCCCCCAUGACCCCAAAAGGGACAAGCGAUAGAAAAUAAAUGGAUGGAAGGUCUCAUGGGUACUUUGUUAAUGGACAAUACUAAGAUAUUCAAACGAUACAGUAUAACUCCACUAAUAGCUAGCCGUAAACUGGCGCGCUAUUCGCUAGAUAUCUUAAAUACCAACAUGAAUAUAGAAAUACAAUUAUUUAUUAAUGUUUUCAUUUCACACCAAAGUACAGUUGGUUAGGUGACCACGCCACUGCCGUUUCUAAACGACACUAGAGUGUGUUGGAUCAAAUUUAAAGACAAUUACAUUUGUUGAAGAAAAUGCAAGGAGAUAUAAAAAUGUAUAAAAACUGAGUUUAAUCAGACCCCCAGUUGAAGUCCUCUUGGUCAUAUUUAUUGAGUAUGCUUUGGUGUAAAUUUGGGAUAGACGCAGUCACAUUUAUAACCCCCUUUUUGAGUAUGUCUGCAACAUUGUCCAUUUGGGAAGGACCCUCGGAUGACCUCUGCCAGAAGGUUAUGUAAAUGUUGCAAUUAAUAUAAUAACUAAAAAACUAACUAACUAAAAUCUCAUAGGCAGAUUUUCGGAAACUUUUAGAAUACGUCUGAAAUGAGAUAAGUACGACAUUAGAUUUUGGGAAUUUGUUCCGCAUCAACAUACGUUUACACCUGUGUCUGUCUGUGUGCACGUGUGUGCGAGCGGCCCUGCAGUUUUAUGAUUGUAACAGUUUGUCUUGAAUGUAUGUUAUUUAGUUCAGUGUUUCUUAACAAUAGGGCUGAGGCCCAAUUGUGGCUCACCAAAAAAUAUCAAUUUCUCGGCUGUGUUCUGUGUGCUUCAAUUGUAAUACACUUUUCCACCACUUGUGGCAAGUAUGACUAUCUCAAACAAACACAAGAAGUCUGGAGCUGAAAUCAGAGAGAAGUCUCUUAAGUGCAAAAAAUGACUAAAAUAGAGAAGCUGUUUUACCAUUUCACUUUAAUUUUAUUGACAGUUAAGUCAAAAACAUUCAUUAUUUGUGUAUUUCUUUUAGCACAAAAUAUUAGAUGUACAUUUAUUUUUUGUCAGUUAUUUAUGAAUCCCUUCUUAUGCAUUAUUGUAUAUUUUUGUAACCUCGCCUGUAAGCCUUAUGUUACUAUUUUAAAUAGAUAAUAAUCUUAGUGAUUAACACAUGCGUUCCUAUCAUUUGGCAAGGUUGCAAACUGAAAGUAUUUUAAAUAUAUUUAUUGAAUUUAAAGAGACUUAAUACUGGCUGCAGGAUUAGGUCUCUGCUUUUUGCAGAAGAUGUGGUCCUGAUUGGUUCAUCUGGCCAGGAUCUCCAGCUCUCACUGGAUCGGUUCGCAGCUGAGUGUGAAGCGACUGGGAUGAGAAUCAGCACCUCCAAGUCCGAGUCCAUGGUUCUCGCCCGGAAAAGGGUGAAGUGCCAUAUCUGGGUUGGGGAGGAGACCCUGCCCCAAGUGGAGGAGUUCAAGUACCUAGGAGUAUUGUUCACGAGUGAGGGAAGAGUGGAUCGUGAAAUUGACAGGCGGAUCGGUGCGGUGUCUUCAGUAAUGCGGACGAUGUAUCAAUCAGUGUGGUAAAGAAAGAGCUGAGCUGAAAGGCAAAGCUCUCGACUUACCGGUCGAUCUGCCGCUUCUUUUCUUUUUCUCCUCGCCCCCCCCCCCUCAGCAAGAGGGGGUCCGGUCCGAUGGCCAUGGAUGAAGUACUGGCUGUCCAGAGUCGGGACCCAGGAUGGACCGCUCGCCUGUGUAUCGGUUGGGGACAUCUCUACGCUGCUGAUCCGACUCCGCUUGGGAUGGUUUCUUGUGGACGGGACUCUCGCUGCUGUCUCGGAUCCGCUUUGAACUGAACUCUCGCGGCUGUGUUGGAUCCACUAUAGAUUGAACUUUCACAGUAUCAUGUUAGACCCGCUCGACAUCCAUUGCUUUCGGUCUCCUAGGGAGGGGGGGUUGCCCACAUUUGUGGUCCUCUCCAAGGUUCCCAUAGUCAUCAUUGUCACCGACGUCCCACUGGGUGUGAGUUUUCCUUGCCCUUAUGUAGGUUCUUCCGAGGAUGUCGUGGUUUGUGCAGUCCUUUGAGACAUUUGUGAUUUAGGGCUGUAUAAAUAAACAUUGAUUGAUUGACAUUGAUCUACGUUCCUAUCCUCACCUAUGGUCAUGAGCUUUGGGUCAUGACCGAAAGGACAAGAUCACGGGUACAAGCGGCCGAAAUGAGUUUCCUCCGCAGGGUGGCGGGGCUCUCCCUUAGAGAUAGGGUGAGAAGCUCUGUCAUCCGGGAGGAGCUCAAAGUAAAGCUGCUGCUCCUCCACAUCGAGAGGAGCCAGAAAAGGUGGUUCGAGCAUCUGGUCAGGAUGCCACCCAAACGCCUCCCUAAAAAGGUGUUUAGGGCACGUCCAACCGGUAGGAGGGCACGAGGAAGACCCAGGACAUGUUUGGAAGACUUUGUCUCCCGGCUGGCCUGGGAACGCCUCGGGAUCCCCCGGGAAGAGCUGGACAAAGUGGCUGGGGAGAGGAAAGUCUGAGGUUCCCUGCUUAGGCUGCUGCCCCAGGGACCCCACCUUUGAUAAGCGGAAUUCCAUCCAUCCAUGGAUGGAUGGAUGGAAUUUAAUUAAAAUCAAGAGUGUUUAUAUUUGGCUUUGGCGCUCUGUCAUGGAAGAAGUUGGGCCCCGGGGUAAAAACGUUUAAGAACCCCUGAUUUAGUUCAAUGCAGUUAGGUAGGAUGUAGCAUGCAGCAUGUUUGUUGUGCAUGAUAAAUGUACCGGUAAUGUGUGACGUGAGGGAGACAAAGUUGGAUGUAAAUAAUUGUCUCGCAAAAGUAACUCACAUGAGGUGUUCUCUUUUUAUAAUCGUUUCAUUUAAUUCUUGUAUCUGAUAAUUAUGUGUGUGUGUUUUACAGUAUAUGUCUUUCAUGUGUUCUGUUUACAGAGUAAGUGACUAUGGAGAUAAUUCAUGAAUAUUUUGCAUGUAAGAUCUAUAAAACUCAAAUUGGA